UGCUAACUUCACGGAGCUCCCGCAAGCAGAUCUACUGUAUAACACAGAUCCAGGUUUCUACCCACUGCUCAUGUAAGCUCUUUAACUGCGCGAGAACGUAUUUUAACGCACAGACUGGACCGCAACCCUCCGUUCAAAACAUUCCUGCAUCGAAAGGCCCGACACAGAUUCGAACAUUUUCAUGCGUGGUGAGCUGAGCGCUGAUAAAAAGCAGACCCAAGGCCUACAGCUUGCUAACACAACAGUAACGUGGAAAACCUUGCUUGCUCGCUAUCCAUAAGACGCAUAUUUAUAAUAAGUCUAAGGAUAAGUCGUAAUUUCUGCUGCUCGCCCAAGAUGCAGAGCACCAGCGGUAACGGAACUGAAGUCCGACCUCUAUUUGGGGGUGCACUGUCAGCUGUCAUUCCGCACAGUGCUAGCGACAUCAGUGAGCUGAGGGAGAUCCCAGACAACCAAGAGGUGUUUGUCCAUAAGCACACAGACCAAAGCCUCAUGGUGGAUUUGCUGGAGUACCAGGCUCAAGUACAGGACAUUGAAGCUGCCAGGUACCAUUUUGAAGACUUGGCAGGCAGCAACGAGGCAUCAAGUCCAGGGUUCUCAAAGGUGGUUCAUGUAGAGCCCCUCACCAAAUCUCAGCUUUCUCUGCAGGAGUGCAGCUGUGCUUUCCUCCUAACUGGCACACAGCGCGUAUCGAAAUUCAAUGAAGAGGCUAAAAAUGCAGUAAAUGUCCACCUGGGCCUGUUCCGCCUACCACAGUUCUCUACUGACAUUCUGGUGACCUUUAAUGACCCUACAAGCAUUAGUCCUCUUAGCAGCAGUGCAGCAGAGGAUGGUGCAGUAAUAUCAGCCCCCUGGACGGUGCAGGACUUCCUCCAGUUGCUACAGUCCCUCCGGCUCCUGGACCCUGGCGUGUUUGGAUAGGAGACAGUCAACCAGUGAUCCUAAAAUACGGCUAUAAUAGUUGUGACAUCACCUUAAUGGCCGAACAUGGAGAAGGGCUCCAACAAUCUCUGAAUGUUUUACUAACAAUAAGUAGAACAACACUGAUGGUGAUUGGUGGAUACUUUUGGCUGGUACCAACAUACUCUAUUUAAUGGAGCUCCUUUGUUUUCUUCCAGUAAGGUCAAAUUGCAGUUGUUUCACACCUAUUGCAUUGUCCCUGCUCUCAACUACAUGCUUACAGCUCAGACUACUGAGACCUUUUACAAAUGACAAGCAGAGACUGAACUGAGACUCACGGUCAAUGCUACCCUUGUGCUGUUUUGUGGCAUUUCUUCCUACAGAGAUUGUAUAUCAGGGUCAGGUGACUGGCUGUUGAUAAAGUCAUUUUGAGUGUGUGCUGGCGGUGGGGGGUGGGGGGUUGAGGGUUGCGAGAGGAGUUCUGAGGUGAGAUGGCUGAAAGUACUUGGAAAAGCCUGAUUUGUGUGAGACCUGUGAAGAUAAGAGUGACAUUGUGAGUGCAAGUCAAGCUUUUACUGGUAGUGCUUAAUGAGUAAUGCGUAACACCAUGUACAGUAUGGUACUGCUGGGGCACUCCUAUAAAAACUAAAGAUACUGUGUGUAUUCCUUCUGGCUGUUUGCCUAAUGCGUUUAACCAUUAAUUUCUGCGAUUGUAUCAGAGGGAAACAGACCAAGCUUAUGAAAAGUGCUUUUGAGCGGGGGUGUCUGAUAUCAUCUGAGAAAUGCUUGUACAUCUGAGUCAACUAAACCACUAAUCUGGAACUUCAUUGUUUAGUUGAAUUUGGUCUUUUAGAGCUGACUACAACAGACUGGACACCCCAGCAAAUAAACGGGGAAAUAAUGUGUCCUUUUAACUGGAAAUCUGCAGGAGGAAUACAAAACUGCUCAGAAAGUAGGUCAGUCAACUCACAAUUAGUUUAUAUAAAUGGAAAGCAUUGUCAGGAACAUUAUUCCAUGAAGACCCAUGAAUGUUUGAGUGGGAUCAGACCUGGAAACUAAGAAGAAUUUCAUGCCGCACAAAUCAAUGUGAGACUCCACUCUUUGGAUUAUAAUCUUGAAAGACACCCCCCUCUGAAAUAAGAGUGUGUAAGUUCCAAAUGUGGUAGAACACAAAUAUGUUGCACAAAAUUCUGUGCUGUUAUAAGCCAUUAUUACUGAGAUCAAAUGUGUCUACUGCUGAUAAUCUUGUGCCAUAUUCUUGUUCCUUUGAUUUUACAAUCAAUUAUUUGUCUCUUGUAAAAUAAGUACUUUAACAACAUGGCAAGAAUUUAAUAACUGUAGCCUUUCUGGAAUCCAAGCAAAUGUAUAAAACAUCUCAACAUCUUUCUGUUCCCAAAAGACUUGUGCUCAACAGUGCUUGGACAAGCUUUACUUUACAGAAUUUGAAGCACUCUUGAUAAAGAUCCACUAGAAAUUACCAUUACUGAGCAUGUCAUUUUAUCAUACAUGGAAAAUUAUCACCACCUUUUCUUAACACAAGCUUGAAAAAGACAUGCCUGAAAUAAAAUGGUUACUAUUCUUGAACCCUUGUGACUACAGGCAUAUUCCUGGUCUUUUGAAAGGUAACCCUUGGGGGUUUGUUUUCUGUCUAUUACUACAUGUUACAGAAGCUCAAACACAAAAAGUUUUUUUCUCUAAAUGUUUUUGUUGAGUGGAUACAGAUACUUGUGACUAGACUUGGGAUUAGAAACAUAAUGGAGCCACAGCCAAAACACAGGACAAAUCCACUUUCAGAUUUGCUGACCAUAUCGCCAAAAAUGAGCAUUCUGCAUUGCUUCUUUUAAGCCAUGUCUAGGUAGGUUUCCAAAAAGCCCAUUUGUAGAUUCCAACAGUAUAUAUGGUAACCAAAUGGUAUUAUGGGUCUUAUGAGGGUAAGUACUAUGUAAGUACUAUAUACAGUUGUAUGCAAGAAAUUUGGCACCCCUGGUCAAAAAGCCUUUUACAAAGAAUAUUUUGGUGAACAGAAGCAGACCUGAACUGUAAAUGUUUCAGAGUGAACCAUUCCCUACCUCUCCCUCUCAAUGUCUUCUUGCUCUCCUUGCCCCCAAACAGCAAACAAAUCAGGUCCAAAAAAAAAAAAAAAACUGGGAACAAAAACACUUAAACAGUGGCAAGAAACACUUCCCAUAUAGAGGGGAGCCCAUCCCCCGCUGGCCUGCUCUGUAAUAGUAAAGAUAGAAUGAAUAGUAACAAAACGUAACAAGGGAUCUAUCAGGGCAAAUAUUGAAAUGGUUGGGCAGGUUUACAUAACUAAACCUGCUACUGAGGCAAUGAUGUGCGUCAUGGGAAAAUUAGGUCACAACGGCAGGUGAGGAAUGUGUAUUCAUCUCAGACAUUCUCAGUGAGAAGUUUGUUUUUCAUUGUUUAAACUACCCAUUGUUUAGACUACAUAAUUUGGUUAGGUUUGUACUAUUAAAAAUAAUAAAACACUUUGUUCCAAAAACAA